AUGGCCUCAGCUUCAACCCGGACUUGGGUCGAGAUUGCCGCUCGUUCACACCUGUUCAAUCGGCAUGCUAAUGACCUCAUCCAGAGAUUAUUCUUGACCGUGUCAAUCACAUCGCCAAGGAGCACACGCAUUGAGGCGUGUUACCGCGGUCGACAACCUCUUCCCCCGACACCUCCAAAGGACCCGGAUAGUCAGACGUUUCGACUCCGUGUCGACCACACCGGGCGCGACGAUCGAAGGUACUUUGCUGCGGACAGACCUCGCCGGACUGUUGUAUUGAGCAUCAAGGAUGGACUGAAUGGUCCAUAUGCGGGGGUUUCCGGUCUCGUUCAGCGAAAGCUUUUGAAGGGUGUUGACAGCGGAUCUGCAUUAGAGAGCGUUCGGCUUGAUACUAGUGGUGGGUAUUCGGUACUGGUGUAA